CGAGUCCAAAAUAUUUACAUCGAAAUGGCGGGAAAGAACUUCUGGAGGACGAGGAGAUUAGACGAACAUAACCGCAUUGUAUAUUGAUGAAAUGGCCCCAAAACGGAAAAGACAGUUAGAUAAUGGUAGUGGAGAUGCAGUGGUGCCAAAUACAAAACGGCAGAAGAAGAGCACUCAGACUGAUAAAGAAAAGAAAGUCACAGCAGCAAAAAGGGAUUUGAACAAGACUGAAAAGAAUACUAUCCAGUAUUGUCACUGGCUGAUGAAGUCAGAACCUGAUAGUAGAUAUGAGAACGGUGUUGAUGUUAAGUUUGGUAUUGAAGAUCUGAAGAAUUGUCCUAAUCAGACAGACUGCUGGGAUGGAGUUCGCAAUUAUCAGGCGAGAAACUUCAUGAGGGACCAGAUGAAGAUAGGACACGAUGUGUUUUUUUACCACAGCAACUGUAAAGAACCGGGCAUAGCUGGAAUAUGCAAGAUAGUCAAGGAGAGCUAUGUAGACCAUACGCAGUUUGACAGGAAAGAUCCUCACUAUGACAGAUCUGCAAAACCGGACAACCCCCGCUGGUUUAUGGUGGAUGUUCAGUAUGUGCGCAUGCUGAAGAGGUUCAUCCCAUUAUCUGAGCUCAAGCAAUAUCACCUGAGGCACAAGACGGAGGGCGGGCCCCUGAAGGGUGUGGCACUGUUUACCAGGGCCAGACUCUCUGUACAGCCACUUACACAAGAAGAGUGGGAUUUUAUACUAUCGCUGGAGAAUGAAAAGUAAGGCAUGUGGAGAAAGGCCACAGAUCUGGUGUAAUACCUUAUUGUAUUAUAGCCCCACCCUAGGGAAAUCUCAGAUUCCAGGAUCCUUGGCAUCCUGGACUCCUGGAGAGACCUUAACUACUGCAUUGAACUGACCAACACAUGCUGAAUGGACUGUUCUACUUUCCAACCCAGAGAAUGUAUAAAUAUAGAAGGCAAAGUGAAAGUGGACCAAGCACUAGAGUUGUCUGCUUACCUUAGCCUAAACUUAACCCAGAUGAGAAAGUGCAUCAGUGAUAGAUGCUGACCAUGUGUGAGCUGAUGCUGUACAGAUGGGAGUUGGAUGUGAGAACUGACACUAAAACAGUUGGCUCAUUCUGUCACACUAUUCAUCAACUGGACACCUAUUGUAAACCUCUUUACCACCACUAUACUUUAUCACUAGUGAACUGUUCCCCAUCAGCAGCCCAAUCCAUUGCAUGAGUUUUUAACUGAAUGCGAGUACAUGCACCCUACACCACGAUAGAGAAUAUAUACUCAAAAUUAUAACCUCCCAGAAGACGACUUGUAUUUACCUGCAUUUUCACACAUGUGACUUUUAAUUUCAACCAUUGUGUGGUGUGCGUAUCUUACCAGUGAAAUUAGGGAAGUAAAGUUUUUGAAAGUUUUAAUUUUGAUUUUAAUUUUUGAGUGAG